AGAAGCAACUUAUUAAGCAAAUCAUAAUCAAUAUCUCAUCAUCAUGAGUUGGCCACCAAGAAAACCAAAUUUCUAUUCUUCCUCCAUAGUUUUACUACUCUGCUUUGCGAUAACAAUUACAGAUCUCCAAGGUGUUAGUGCUCGCAACAAAAAGAAGGUUGUGAGGAUUGUUGAUAUGAUCCCAACAUACAAUCCUGUCCAACCCCCAAGAAUCUUGUAUCUUCAUUGUCAAUCUCAUUCUGAUGAUUUAGGGGUGUGGGAUUUGACAGAAAACAAAGGCUAUCAGUUCUAUUUCCGCACCAACUUUUGGGGGACUACUCUGUUUUGGUGUACUUUUACUUGGGGCAAAAAGGAUCAAAGCAUUGCUGUAUAUGAUGACAAAGAUUCUUCAUGUGAUGGUGAAAGGUACUGCAAUUGGCAUCUCAAGACUGAUGGAUUGUAUUUCGCGAAAGGGGAAUUUCCUAGCGAGUCAGAUUUCACAAAGAAGGCUGAUUGGAAAGAUAUAUAGCUAAGUGGAGAAAAUUGUCUCUCAUCAAGAUACUAUGUAGUCAUGUAUUCAUUCUAUAAUAAUCCCAUAAUAAUCACAAAACUGUACCGAGUGUAGACAUCUAAAAGUGAGAAUGCUUAUUUGUCUCACAUCGGAAAUUAAUACUACGUAAAAUAAUAAAAC